AGGUGAGCUCCAUCUAUCUUCUCCUGGCAACCGCUUUGUCUGACCCUGGGAUUAUGCCACGACAGAAGGAUUUCAUGGAGCACUAUGAUGAGAGGACCAAGCUCUUCCGUGUUCGAGAGCCUCAACGUUUCUAUGAUGUGGUGCUGCGCGGGCACCCGCUGAAGUUGAAGUAUUGCAAGACUUGCAACAUCUACCGGCCGCCUCGGUGUACUCAUUGUUCUGUGUGCGAGAACUGCGUGGAGCGUUUUGAUCAUCACUGUCCGUGGCUGGGGAAUUGCAUUGGCAAGCGAAACUACCGGCUCUUCUAUGGCUUCGUGUCUACCACGGGUGCUCUCAACGUGCUGGUCUUAGCCACCGCAGUGGCACAGAUAGCCUUACGAUCUUCACAGAUCGCGGAAGACGCGCAGAUUGGCGCAGGGGAUGCCUUUGGCCAGGCACUACUGUCUACGCCAAUGGCAGCUGUUUUGUCCAUCUAUGCCCUAGGCAUUGUUUGGUUCACCUUUGGGCUCUGUGCGUAUCACAACUAUUUGGUCUGUACCAACCAGACCACCUACGAGCAGAUCAAGGGCGCUUUUAGCGGCGCUGUGAAUCCCUUUCACCGUGGCAUCCUCGGGAACUAUUGGGACAUUCUGUUCACUUCAGUACGUCCUCGGUACUUCAACGCUCACACCAACCGUUUGCUUUGGCCUCCAAAGGGGGCCGUGCCGUUGGAACAGUUGAGGGCGAAAGCCGCGAAUCGGCCGCCCUCUGGCAAAACCGAUGCAGAGAUGAUGGAUGACAUGCGGCUCCCAGAUGAGGUGUCUCCCUCCGUGCCACCGUUGCCGCGGAACGAGGAACGCCUUGAGCGCAAAGUGCGUCCAGGAUCCGAGGACGCUCAGAGAGUAGCAAGAAAGCCAACCGGUGACCGGCGCCUUUGGUGUGUUCAACGUGGAUACCAGGAACGUAUUCUGCCCACACCCUUGGAACAACCGCGAGACCAGGAGCCCCUUCCAGAGCCGGUUCCGCUUGCAGAUCCAGGUUUGAGAGCUGCAGAAAAGUAUUUGGCCUCUUCCGGGGAGAAUCUCAAGGCGCAAGAUCAGGGACAGGUGCUUUGAGGUUUGUUUGUCUUCAGCCCCGACGAACACUGAUUUCCAGCAGGGACGGCACUGUCCAGGCCGGACUGCCACUAGCUGCUAACGCGUGUGUGAUUGCAUACCCGCCUCCUGAAGAGGGGACAUCGCUGUACAGAACUGCCGCUAGUUUGGCUCCCCUCGGCAAGACCUUAGUACUUCGGGUAGAAUAAAGGUGGCGUGCUGUCCUUGCCUUUGUCGUGC